AACUCAUACUUAACACUAAUCAAUAUGUAAAUAGGAACUAAGCCAAGUGUAUACGCUCGUAAGGACUUUAUAAGAUAAAAAUUAAAUAUUGAUUAUCUCUGAAAUGAAGUUAAUUGGAAUAACGGUGUCUUUGAGGAAGUUACUUAAUUUAAGCUCAGGGAUGCACCCUUGAAAUUAACGAAAAAAAAAAAACACGGUGUACAGGUAUUUAAUGUGAUGGUAGCAAGGUUCCUAUAUUUGUGUUUAAGCUUGUGACACUUUCUUCGGCUCGACCUCGCUUGCUCGUGACAUCAAUAGGCUUGCUAAUAGUGUAAAUCAUAACGCUGUCUGUGGUCAUCGGGAUCGUGCCUUAGGCGCAGUGCUCCACAUUCCAGGGUACCGUAAAAAAUUAUCACAAUUUUACUCUCGACUUAUCAGUACGGUGAAUAUGGUACCGAGCAGUGUCCACUUCUUCAAUCAUUUCUGAUUUGGCAUCCGAACGGACCGGUAGUAAAAUUGUGGUAGAUGAAUAAUUACAAUAAAAUGGCUCAAACUGCGGUGUAUUUUAGUUUUAUAGUGUGCUUAUAUCAUGUAAAUUCGUUAAACUUUCCCGGUCCUCUUGUGUACGUAGUGACUCCUUCGCCACGCACGCCAGCCGCGCUGAAGAUCGACGAGGGAAGAUCGGCGCCCUUUUAUUACCACAAUUGGAUGAGGAGGAUGGAUUCACCCCAAAACGCUUCGAGCACCACGACGAUGACUACGCCCAAAGUGGAAACACCAGAUUUGAUAUUUGCCGAAUUUGAAUCUCAUAAUGGAGACAACUAUAGAAAAUCAUUGAGGAACCUCUUGGAGAAAGAGAAAAUACAAUCUAAGACGUCUACGACCACGAAGCCAAUAUAUGUGCCCGACGACGUCCCGGAGCAAACGCCACAAGUUAAUUAUGUUGUACCCGACAGCAAUACCCAUGCCGAAGACAAAUUGAAAGCAAGCACUCCUGAUAUGACUGAUUAUUUUGCUCUUUAUAAUAAUAUGUACGGCAACAAAAACGCUGUCCCAGUAUUCAUUCCAACACCUACUACGGCAUCCACCACGAUCACCACUACAACCGCUGCCCCAAAGUUGAACAAUGUAGAGGAUAUCUGGCAUGUGAUCGAUAGUGAAAAGCAUAACCAAUUUGCUGGACAGUGGGAAGAAGUGGCUGUUGAUGCUGAGAGUGAUAAAACAAAUACACAUACUAUGAUUUCCCAGGAGGAACCACAAAAAGAGGAUAAAACUAAAAACGAAGACAUCAUGGAUGACAACUUUGCUUUACCUGGAUUUGGAACAAAUCCUGGAAACGGAGCCGAGAAUGAAUCUAGGGCAAUUCGUACUGAACCUAACAUUCGUUUUCCCUACAUUAAUUUAAAACCAUUUCAAGUCAAGAAUUCAUUUGCAAACAACAAGAAAACCAAUAAUGGCAUGUUUACGAGUUUGGAUAACUUUCAUGAAAUAACAAAUCCAGUUAGAGGAGAAGCCCAAGAGGUUAUGCCGGCACGCCAGCCUAUCGAUCGUUACAACCCAGCGCAAUCGUAUGUGCCACCAUCUAGAUAUGGUAAAAUAAAUACAAAACAAGAUUCUAGCGCCAAUUCACCACCUGUAAAGUCAGUUGCAAACUUGGUGCCUCCUCCACCUCCUCCACCACCAUCUACUGGCGACAAUUUCCCUGCCCCCGACAGCUACGAAUCGUUUCCACCUUUUGCUUCCGUUGAUACGAAUCCUGUAUCGGGUCCUCCUAUCGCCCCAAGUCCUCCACUACCCCCAUCUGUUCCUAAAACUUCAGCCCCAAAGUAUCAACCUCCAGUGGACACACAGGCAUACGACUCACCGAGUGAUAAUAGCGAUUCUGAUAGUCCACCUAUGGAUUUAGGCUACCGAUACAAACCACCUUCAUCUCCUGCUAAACCUUUUCUACCGACUUUACCGCCUUUAUCAAAACCAUUUAAGGGAUACUCGUAUGAUAAACCAGGGAUGCCAUUAGAUGAUCCACCAGUAAUGGAUAAACCACACUUCCAUGGUUACCAUUACAAAAAACCUGAGCCUGAGGCUCCCCCCAGCGACGACCUUCCACCGAGUCCAAGCUACGACCACCCACCAAGUCCAAGCUACGACCACCCACCAAGUCCAAGCUACGACCACCACAGACCGCCUUCGUAUCAAGGACCUGACUAUCCCGAGCUCAUCUUUAAUAAACACCAUGACAACGAUGACAGCAAAGGCGGAGACGACAUGAAAGGAGGAGAUGAUAUGAAAGGAAAUGACAUGGGAAUGAUGCCUCCGCCACCAGCAACUGAUAUGGACAAUUCUGGUCCGCCUUCUGAUGAUCACGGAUUUCCCCAUGACUUCCCUGGGGAUUUCAAAUAUCACCACGACUUUGACGACCAUGAUUUCUACCAUCAUCAUCAUCAUCAUCCCACAACCACAACAACUACAACGACGACAGAAAUGCCUCGUGUCAACAGAUACAGUUAUUAUUACUUGGGUAAAAAGCUGUAUUACUUACCGCUGUAUUUUAGCGUUUACUUCAUAUGUUACGUAGGGGCAUUAAUUAUCAAGGCAGUGUUACGGCACAAGAUAGUAUACCCUAACAGCUUUAGACCAAACGAUCAAACAGCCAGUUUCUUUUCAAAGCGUUCUAUCGAUUCAUGGGAUCUUUCAAAUGAAAAUCUUCACGAGAUUACUGGAAGGGUCACGGCCGCCAUCGGAAAAGCAGCUGAAAAAUAUAUGAACAAAGGAAUAAAACAAGAAUAAAUAUAACCACAAGUGCCAACGUGUAUAUCGCAAUACUAGGUGAUAGAGAGUCAUGGACGUCAUGGGAGUCAUGGAGGUGUGUAAUGUUGAUAUUGUUAAGUUAUAAAUUUGUUGUGAACUGGACAUAUUCAAUUCAGAAAAAAAGCUAUUUUUUUUUUGAGUAUAGUUCAUUGUCACAACGGUUAAUGUUUUUGAUACUAAGAUGCAUACUGAAUUAAAAGGAAUGAGGAGAAGGAAAGGAUCGUAUAAGUUGUGUCAUCUUAUAUUGCUCAAUAAAAUAAGUUACAUUAAACCUUGCAAGAAUUUAUUUUUGUUUACACCUACUUGACCUACCCUUCUUAUUUGUAGCUCGGAAGUUCCUCUGCCAAUUCGUGCAAAAAAAAUCUAACAAAAACACACGUAAUACUUAACCCGAAAGCAUUCAGUUCCAAACUUUAAACAUUCAAAAUGAUAAAAAGCAACUCAAAGCAAUAAAAGAAGUCGUGUCUUAAUAGUAUUUUGUGCAACAGUUACAUAAUAAGGGUUCGUAAAAUUUAAGUUACCUAACGAGACGAAGUCGAGUUUUGUAAAUACAGGCUCGAGAAUUUUAAGAUCUAAUUAUGUACUGUUGCACACAAUUUUUUCUAAGACACUUGAAAUCAUAAAAUAAUCGAAAUAAGUACACUAUACACAAAAAAAUUAAUUUGGUUUGUAGAUCUUUACCUACAUUUUAGCCUUUUAGAAA